ACACACUCCGUGCAGUUUUACGUUGAACUUACUAUUAGAAGCCGGUUGUGCUUCAAACGUUUCGGAGGCUUUCAGACCGUAUCUACGCAGAUAGUUGUUUCUGUGAAUUUUUUUGUCCUUGAUUAAUGUUUUGUUCAAGAUGUUUAGACUGCGUGCCAGUGACGAAAAAGUGGUUGGAUCUCGAGCGGAUAAACGUUCUCGGAAAUAUCGCCCGGCUCGAUUGCAAUGUAUGCCGGAAUUUCAUAGGAAUUUUACAGAACGGAGAAAUAAUCAAUGUCGACAAACGACUCGAUGGAAUAGCGAACGAUGGUUGGAAGAAGGUUCGUACGGACCGUGAAAAAAUCUGCUACUACGUGCUGAGCCAAAUCAUUUAUCCAGAAGUCGAUACGCCCAGUAACGAAAGAUUAGAAUCUCUCUACGAUUUUGCCGACGAUUUCGAUGAAAUAAUUCUGCGAUGGGAAAACGGCAGACCCGUCGCUUUUUACACUAUAAAAACGAAAGAUACGGAGAUUCAUACCACUGGGAUCGAAUAUUCGAUGCCAACAAUUGACACCGCUUAUGUCCGCUCGGAAUAUAGAAAUCGGGGAAUUGGUACGGAAAUUUUGUUGGACGUUAUCUCGCGUUUUCCGAUCGAUGACAUCGCUUUUUCAAAGCCCAUUUCAAAUGGAAUGUUGAGAGUUUUGAAACGUUUUCUCACCGAACGCAAAGACUAUAGAUUACGCUUUUGGGAAAUGGAGAACGGAGACGAGAGUUCCCAGAAGCUCGUGUGGUUUCUUUUGAGAAAUAGCAAAUGAAUAUUGCACUAAGAAUUUAUUCAAAGAUCCUUCAAUCGUUUCUUAUUGUAACAGAAUAUUUAUCUAUUUUUCAGCCACUUGUGUUUGUAUAUAUAUUUAUAUCGAGUUUACAUUCGAUCGUAAAAAAAGUAACUUAGAACGGAAUGAAGUCCGAGAUACAAACGUUUCUUUUUCCUCGGUGGUAACACAAGUUGAGCAUUAUAAAUCUUUAAACAUUGUAAAUAUAUAUAUAUAUAUGUGUAUAUAUAUAGUACAUA